CCAGGCAGCACAGAUCAGCUGAUUGCCUCGCCUCACCUGGCGUUCCCAGGCACCACGGGACUCUUGGCAGCACAGUGUCUUGGGGCAGCUCGAGGCCUCGAGGCUGCUGCCUCCCCAGGGCUCCUGAAGCCAAAGAAUGGAAGUGGUGAGCUGGGCUACGGGGAAGUGAUGGGUCCCUUGGAGAAGCCUGGCGGACGGCACAAGUGCCGCUUCUGUGCCAAAGUAUUUGGCAGUGACAGUGCCCUGCAGAUCCACCUGCGCUCCCACACGGGUGAGAGGCCCUAUAAGUGUAACGUCUGUGGCAACCGCUUCACCACCCGCGGCAACCUCAAAGUGCAUUUUCACCGGCAUCGCGAGAAGUACCCGCACGUGCAGAUGAACCCUCACCCGGUGCCCGAGCACCUAGACUAUGUCAUCACCAGCAGCGGCCUGCCCUAUGGUAUGUCCGUGCCGCCGGAGAAGGCCGAGGAAGAGGUGGCGGUGCCAGGCGGGGGCGUGGAACGCAAGCCCCUGGUGGCCUCCACUACAGCACUUAGUGCCACCGAGAGCCUGACGCUGCUCUCCACCGGUGCGGGCACAGCCACGGCUCCCGCGCUCCCUGCUUUCAAUAAGUUUGUGCUCAUGAAGGCAGUAGAGCCAAAGAGUAAAGCCGAUGAAAAUACCCCUCCGGGGAGCGAGGGCUCAGCCAUCGCCGGCGUGGCAGAAAGUGGCACGGCCACCCGAAUGCAGCUGAGUAAGCUGGUGACUUCGCUACCCAGCUGGGCGCUGCUCACCAACCACUUUAAGUCCACAGGUAGCUUCCCCUUCCCCUAUGUGUUAGAGCCCUUGGGGGCCUCCCCCUCUGAGACCUCAAAGCUGCAGCAACUGGUAGAAAAGAUUGAUCGGCAGGGAGCCGUGGCAGUGGCGUCUACUGCCUCGGGCGCCCCCACCACCUCCGCGCCCGCGACCUCAACCACUGCGUCAUCUGGGCCUAACCAGUGUGUCAUCUGCCUCCGGGUGCUGAGCUGUCCUCGGGCCCUGCGCCUGCAUUACGGCCAACACGGAGGUGAGCGGCCCUUCAAAUGCAAAGUGUGUGGCAGAGCUUUCUCCACGCGGGGCAAUCUGCGUGCACAUUUCGUGGGCCACAAGGCCAGUCCGGCAGCCCGGGCCCAGAACUCCUGCCCCAUCUGCCAGAAGAAGUUCACUAACGCCGUGACUCUGCAGCAGCAUGUUCGGAUGCACCUGGGGGGCCAGAUCCCCAACGGUGGCACCACACUCUCGGAAGGCGGGGGAGCUGCCCAGGAGAAUGGCUCCGAGCAGUCCACAGUCUCCGGGGUGGGGACCUUCCCCCAGCAGCCGUCCCAGCAGCCAUCCCCAGAAGAGGAGCUGUCUGAAGAGGAGGAAGAGGACGAGGAAGAGGAAGAAGACGUGACUGAUGAAGAUUCCCUGGCAGGGAGGGGCUCAGAGAGCGGAGGUGAGAAGGCGAUAUCAGUGCGAGGUGAUUCGGAAGAGGCGUCUGGGGCAGAGGAGGAAGUGGGGACAGCGGCGGCGGCGGCGGCCACGUCUGGGAAGGAGAUGGAUAGCAGUGAGAAGGUGAUUCAGCAGCCUUCCCUGCCGCCCCCGCCACCACCACCCGACAGCCUGGAUCAAACACGGCCCAUGGAGCAGGGAGGCAGCGAUGCCGCAGGAGGCAUGGAAGAGGGGGGCAAACCAGAGAGGAGCUCGAGCCCACCGUCAGCACACACCCGGGAAGGGGAAGGCGGCGGCGGCGCCUCGGCGGAGGAGCUGAGUACGCAGGAGGCGAUGAGAAAGGAGCCGGGAGAGAGCAGCAGCAGAAAGGCCUGUGAGGUGUGUGGGCAGACCUUUCCCGCCCAGGCAGCCCUGGAGGAGCAUCAGAAGACCCACCCCAAGGAGGGGCCGCUCUUCACUUGUGUGUUCUGCAGGCAGAGCUUUCUCGAGCGGGCUGUCCUCAAGAAGCAUAUGCUGCUGGCUCACCACCAGGUGCACCUGAGCACCCACAUUUGGAACUGCAGCCCAGCCCGAAGGGGCCGGCAGCUGUCCCUGGAGGGCCCAGUGCCACUCCUCUCUGGUGACCAGGUCAACCUGCAGGACUUCCUGUCCCAGGAUGUUCCUGCCCAACUGGUGAGGGUAGGUCCCCUGUCUUUCUGGAACCAGUACACAGCUUUCCUGUCAAGGGACCUGCCCACCAAGCCCCGGAGUUCCGGCUCCACCUCCACUACCAGUUUAGGUCUGGCACCACCAGUGCUGUUUGGCCCAGGAACUAUGGCUGGGAACGUGCCUCCAGCAAUGGGAUCCAGAGAGGCCAAGGAGAAGAGAGCCCCCCUCUUCCUAUUUCGGUCUCCUGCAUCCAAGGCAGUGCCUGAGAAGCCCAUCAGAGAAGAAAAGUAGCAAACUGUACAUUUCUUCUUUUCCCUGCUCUGGAAGGUGCCAGCAAUGAAGAUACAACAAUAUCUGUAUCUGGCGGCUCAGCCCUAAGGGGUAGGGAGAAACGAAGAGCAUAUAGGACAUUCUUCCCAGUAAACUCCCAUUCAGGCAAAGGUAUUGGCUGGUCAGUUUGCCAAGACACCUCCAGCUUCUCCUUUUCCUUCAUCAUGGCCUGUCAAAGUUAGGAAACGAGCAGAUGUCUUAGCAGCAGGUCUCUCGUGGGAUCUUUUGGGAAAUGUGAAGUUCAUGUCUUUAACAAGCAUUAUUGGUGAGGGUCAUUGAAGGAGGAAUGAUGGAGAGUUGAAGAGCGUUGCUAAAGCAUAGGGCUUGCUGGGAACACGUGAGGUUAAGAAAGGGGCAUGAUGUGAGGGAGGGGACCUCGAAUUCUUGAUUGGAUGGGUCUCACGAAUGUUCUUUUGGACUGUUAGUGACUUAGUGUGCAGCAAUGCACCUCAGGUCAUAGGGGAUUUCCUAGCACUAGUGUGCUUCUAGUUUUAGAUAACUCCCUACUUUGUACCCUGGCCCCUUGUAUUUUCCUUGUCUUCCUUUCUCAAGGCCUGUUUCCUCCCCAUUUUGCCUGUCUAUGGACCAGGGCUUAUGUCUUUGCCACCGUCUGGUUCUUAGAGUCCCAGACCUUGGGAGAUGAGCUCUAGGUGGUUUUCUCCCUGCCUCUCUGUCUUGUAAUGAGAUGUAGUAUUUACUCUUAACAUAGGAUCAUUUGGAACAGGAGUCCUGAGGGGGAGAGAGUGAGGGUUCUGCUAUUGAUUGACUUGAAUGAUGGUUUCUCCUCCAAAGGUAUAGGCUCCAGAGCUUCCUAACAUAGUAAAAUGUGAAGAGCAGACAAGGGAGAUAUUAGUGUCUUUCCCUUUUCAUUAAAAGUGUUUUAACCAAA